AUGGACACGAAGGAUGCGCGUUGCCGAGGUGACACUCCGACGGCUCUGCAUCUCGAGCAGCUCACGCUGGGCCUGUAUGACGCCUAUGACCGUCGCGACUUCGAUAAACCGCUGCGGAACUUCAUAUGUCCUACGUUCCGAAAUGCGCCGCGCUCUCCAACCUCCACUGCGCCGGAUCAGCGUAUGCAGAAGCAUCGAAAUGCGACCUUCUCGUCCACUGGAUAUGAUGCAUUUGUGGAGCUGAUGAACCUGGAGUACUUCCAGACCGAUUUCCGCAUGAAAGUCACCGAAGUCUCUGCAGAUGUCGACGAGGACGCAGGAGUUGCCCGCGUAUGGAAGGUCGGCCGUGUCAUAGGUCUUCCGGAAGGGCAGGAGCGCGAGUCUGUCACCUGCCUUGAAUGGAAGCGACAGGCCAACGGUGACUGGCUGUGCGUAAUGCACUUCGGUCUCAGCGGAGUUCCCAUGGGCGAGCCUCCUUUAGGCUCAUAG